AUGUCUGCUAUCCAGAACCUCCACUCUUUCGACCCGUUUGAUGAUGCAAGUGUGGGUGAUGACCUGCUUUCUGCUGGCACUGAGGAUGAUUUCCACAUAAGAAUUCAACAGAGAAACAAGAAAACCCUUACACUUGCCCAAGCAAUCACUGAUGAUUACAAUAAAAAGAAACUAGUAAAGGCGUUUAAGAAGAAAUUUGCUUGCAAUGGUACUGUAAUUGAACAUGCAGAAUAUGGAGAAAUAAUUCAGCUACAAGAUGACCAGUGUAAGAAUAUAUGCCAGUUCCUGGUAGAAAUUGGACUGCUAAGGGAGAUCAGCUGAAGGUUCAUGGAUUUUAAGUGCUUGUGGCUCUCUGAAACUUAAGUGAGGAUUUCCUUGCAAUGAGUAGAAUUUCC